CUUGAUCUCGUCUAACGAUACCUGUGAAAUCCUUGCUUGUAGUCUGUUGUCGGUGCUUCAUUGGGUGUCGUCUUAUGUUCCCCUUACCACUCUGCUCCACUUACCCCGCACACGACCACUUACCCCGCACAUAUCACUAGAAUUGCUGAGGAAAACAAACUAAGUUAGUACGUUUGUUGCGCUUUUAGUUGUUAUCCAGUGCCACUAUACUUUCUCUGUCAUAAGUAUCAGUUCAACACAACAGUUUUAACAUCAGGGAAAUCCGUAAAACUCAGAAGAGAUUCAGGGAAGUCGUAGGGCAAUUCCGAACCGACUAACAUCAUCAUCAAGUAUCAGCUCAUUAUCCCAUAGUAUACAUAGGGCGACACAUUCACAAUAAAAAACCCACAGGAUGAUCAUCAGAAACUACAUGUCCUUGCAAUUUUGGGCAGUCUUACGAUCUGUUGAGAGUACGCGAGUCCCACUCUAUGCCUUAAAUGGCGUCAGGGAUGCUUCAUCUACUGCGCAGAGAUUACAGGGAGAACAGGAUGCUUCUGCAGUGCAAGAAGAUGUUAUGGCGCUAAUGCUGUUGUAGUACUGCUACUAAGCAGGUCGUGAAUUGAUGGGGUGUAAUUUUGUUUUACAAUUUCAACUUUCAUCUCUUCGUUAAAACGUCAGGGAGGACAUAAUAUACAACAUGCGUGCUUUAUUUUCACUUCAACAUUCUCCACAUUUUUGCUUCUAAUCCACGGCAAAAUUUCUUUGCGGAGCUAGGUCAUGCGGGCGAGCUAUUACGGUCACGAGAGGGAAGGAAACGCUUUGCAAAUUUGUGGAAGGAGCAUCAGAAUAUUGUCAAGAACGAGAACAGCAUCACCAGGACCAACAAAAAAGAUCCGGAUGUGCCUUCUUCCGCCAUAGAACUAGAAUUAAGGCUCCCCCUAAUCCAUCUCUACUAUACACGGAGACACUGAAAUCCAUCUCUACUAUAGAUACACUGAGACACUGACGCACUUGCUUGACGCAUUGAGGGAUGUCCUUCUACAACUGGGCCAUUUACUAAGUUACCUCGAGUAGAACAAAACUACCUCUAUGUGGAACAAAACUACUUCUAUGUGGAUAUAUAAUCAUUCGCGAGGUCAUCUAAUAGAAGGAGUCAAACGCGAUCACGAUUUCGGUGGCAAUUACCUCACAGCCCUGGACAGCGUGACGCAAUUGGCAGCAGCUAGUCGUGCGCAUUUUGCGAAGGCUGUGGAACAUGGUUCGAAAGCGUCAGCUCUUCUGUCUGAGCUGGGUGUUAAAGAAGACCAGGACGAUGAAGACAGUGCUAUUUCCUAUAGAUUAAGGCAAUUCUUCAACUUCAUUGUCUAGUAUGGUUCUGGUAUUUGGUAACCUGAAUUUGAUCAUAAAGGAAAACAAGAAGAGAACCCUUGUGAUCAAAUUCAGGCUCCUACCCAAUACCGGAGCCAUUCCCUCAUCUUCUUCUUCGAAGACACAUACUUAAUAUAUUUGUCUCGGUGUCACUUUCCGGGAUUAUUUCAAGGGCCGAUGUGUCUUCUUCUUGACACAUCCGGGAUGAAACUGUAGUUUCCUUCUUAGAUUCUCAGGCUAUAAGUUAGGAAGAUCAUGACACCACAAGCAAGAGCAAAGAGGGUCGAAAUCUACAGGAAACAUGUGAGAAAGUGCAAAGGAUAGAAAAGAUGUAGUAGUACAACACCUCUGGAGUAGGUACAAUCAUUAUCUUUAUCAUCAUCAUCGUCAGCUCUAAAUAGAACUGUCGUCGAGCAUUUGCAAGAAGGAGUGGACGACAAGGUGGGGAAAGCGGCUGCUUAUCAACAUACCGCGGAACAUGUUGCGAGUGGCAUUAUUCGGGACGAUUUGGUGCGCGAUUUGGCUGGGGGAGGUAGUGAUAUUGAUUUGAUCGAAGCUACAUCAGCUACUAGAACUACUGGCAUUUUCGUCCUCUUUACCUAUCUACGCUUAUACAUCUUGGGUAAACAGCACUUUUUACAUCCCACAACUUUCCAAGCAGGCGACCAAUCUGCCAGUACCGCGAAGCAAAUCGAGUUUUAUCUAGGGCAUGCACCUGGAGCAAAGUAUGACCCCCACAAGGAGGACAGCAAAGCGCUAAAGGCACUUCGUGAGCGGCAGUUGCUGUUAAGACUAGGUUCAACUUUCGUCGGCGAAAUAUGAAGAUUCACAUUUAGAAAUUCCUAGGAUGAAAUACAAAUAUGCUAUGUAUUUAUUAUUUACUUCUUGUUCCACCCCCUCUAACCCGCGCCCAAGAGGAGCGAGGCAACAACGAUCAGCAUGCUCAAGAUCUCAUUGAGGAUAAAUUGAAUGCGAUGCGGCGCGAUCACGGAGCUCGCACUGAUUCCAACCUAGAGAGUGCAUCCUCACAUUUUACUCCAUCUGAGCCAAAGUUUGGGACUGGAGACGAGGCGUGAAGUACUUAGGUGAAUGCACUGCGUUUGUUGAGUGGUAGAUCAUAAGCUCUCUGGGAAGAGGAACAAGUACAUCAUAUGCAAUGCAGGGGUCCUGGAGAUGUUGUGGGAUUUCAAAGAAGCUUAAGAAUAAUGUUGUAAGUACUCACAAGUGGACCGACUUGAUACUUCCCUCUACAAUCGCCCACCUCCACCUCCACCUGUUCGGAGAUAGAGACUCGAGGCACGGACCAGAGGAGCC